AUGUCCCCUGCAGAAAAUUCACCCCCAGAGCCAGAGGCCUGUGAGGCAAGAGAAAUCGCAUCGGAAUUAGAAGAGUUUCACAUAGAUUCCGAAGAAACGGGGCUGCCAGGAACUCAGUUAGCAAGCUUCCCAGACACACAUCAACUUGCUUCCUUAAGUGAAAGAAACCAUCUUUCUGCAGAGAGAAUGUCUUCCAAAGAUGAUAAGAGAUCAUCUUUUGGAAGCCCUAGGCAAGACCAGAGUUGGAUGGUCUUGGGCCGUAGUGAGGUUGGUGACCCAUCAUCGGAGACUAGGGACUCAGGGCCUGGAUGGUCCGGCGAGGCUGUGGAGCCAGCCUCUGAUCACAGCUUGGGCAAGGGCCCCCAAAUGCAGAUUCUGGGAGAAAUGAAGCCUCUAGAAUCUUCGGCACUAGAGGAAGCCUCUGGUCUGGGCAGCCAGUCGUGGAAGAGCAUGAGCCGAGGCAGCGCUGGCCCCGAUACAGUUAUGUUGCAGGCUGUCACCCAUGACAAUGAAUGCGAAAUGCUCUCACCACAGUCUUCUCAGAAAAACAUAAUCCCUGAAACGGAAAUGGAGGAGGAGACAGAGUUUCUUGAGCCCAGGACAAGGAAACCAAGAACAAAAGGGCUACUGUCAGAGGAUGUGGGAAUGGACAUCCCCUUUGAGGAGGGAAUGCUGAGUCCCAGUGCUGCAGACAUGAGGCCUGAACCUCCUAAUUCUCUGGAUCUUAAUGGCAGUCAUCCUCAGAGAAUCAAACUCACAGCCCCAAAUAUCAAUCUGUCUCUGGAUCAAAGUGAAAGGUCUAUUCUCUCUGAUGAUAACUUGGACAGUCCAGAUGAAAUUGAUAUCAAUGUGGAUGAGCUCGAUACCCCCGAUGAAGCAGAUUCUUUUGAGUACACUGGGCAUGAGGAUCACACAGCCAACAAAGAUUCUGGCCAAGAGUCAGAGUCUAUUCCGGAAUAUGCGGCAGAAGAGGAGCGAGAGGACAACCGGCUGUGGAGGACCGUGGUGAUUGGAGAACAGGAGCAGCGGAUUGACAUGAAGGUCAUCGAACCCUACAGGAGAGUCAUUUCUCAUGGAGGAUACUACGGGGAUGGCCUAAAUGCCAUCAUUGUGUUUGCUGCCUGUUUUUUGCCAGACAGCAGUCGGGCAGAUUACCACUAUGUCAUGGAAAAUCUUUUCCUAUAUGUAAUAAGUACAUUAGAGUUGAUGGUAGCUGAAGACUAUAUGAUUGUGUACUUCAACGGUGCAACCCCAAGACGGAAGAUGCCCGGGCUAGGGUGGAUGAAGAAAUGCUACCAGAUGAUUGACAGACGGUUGCAGAAGAACUUAAAAUCAUUCAUCAUUGUUCAUCCAUCUUGGUUCAUCAGAACAAUCCUUGCAAUUACACGACCUUUUAUAAGUUCAAAGUUCAGCAGUAAAAUUAAAUACAUCAGUAGCUUAUCAGAACUCAGUGGGCUGAUCCCAAUGGCUUGCAUUCAUAUUCCAGAGAGCAUCAUCAAGUACGAUGAAGAGCGAUCUUAUAAGAGAAGUGUGAGAGAUGAAGCAAUGAGAUACAUCUGCGUAUCUGAAAACGUGGAAGGAGAAAGAAUUUUACUCUGUUGA